GAGCACGAGGUCCAGAUGAAGUGGGGCUCCUGGAGGCCCCAUCGGCGUCGACGGCCUCCAGUCCGCCCACAGGGAGAGAGCUGCUGGUGUAAGCUGUUCUUGCGAGAAGUCCAUGAUGCAACCCAACCAUUGAACGACCCGGGACUCCUGACCUCCAUGACGUUCGUACCCAGGGGAGGGAUGCCAGCGUUUAUUUGCAGCCAGCUACCUGCUAGGCUUGAGUACUGGGCAAUGUUCAAAAUCAAACCCAGCCCGUCUUUCCGUCCACAGUUGCCGAGGCCUAGACUGCAAUGCCCAGGUAGCUGCGCUGUAAACACUGUUGCUCCAUCACUAAGUUUGGCAGCAGCAAGAUGCUCUGUGCUAACUUCACCUUCAAACAUCAUGGGGGUGCAUUUAAUGGAAGUACCCCAGGUCCAGAACCCAGCUGUAGGAGUCUGGAAAGGAGCUUUCUUACUUCUGAAGGAGGUACAGGAAGGCACUCUAGAAGGAGCUGGAAAUAAUGCCUUCCCUGAGCAAACAGACCCACUGCCUCCAUGCCCCAGGGAUAACAAUGCUACAACUGAUCAGGUUAAAAUGCUUUUUUUAUUACUAUUAUUUCAAGAGCCCAGAUCCUCAAAGAUUUUCAGCUUAAACGGAUUUACUGCAGGGUGUCUCCACCUCCACCUUGUGGACAUUCUGGUACAGCUGACUCUCCACUGUGGAACUAUCCUGUGCCACGAAAGGUGUCCAGCAGCAUCCCUGACCUCUGUUGACUAGGUGCCAGUAGCACCUACUCCAUCCUCCACUGUGACAACCAAAAAUGUCUCCAAACAUUGCCAAAUAGCCCCUGGGGGGCAAAGUUGCCCCAACUUAGAACCAUCUAGUUGGAAGAAUAAGUAAAGAGCCAAUGUAAACUGCUCCAACCACAUGAAAAUUCUCUGGAAGAGAAAUUAAGAGGGUCAUAAAGGAACACAGAGAGAUGCUGGCACAAGAUGCCUGUGAGAUGGGCUCUAUAGACAACCCCCAACUUACAGCCAGGUCCUGGGGUUCAGGGUCAAACGACUGAAACUCCAUGUUGGGAUCCCAAGCAGAAGACACCCAUGUUCCCCAUGCCCAGAGAGAUGCCAAGGCACAUGUUCUCCUGUGCCCAUCAGGAUGGGAGAAAAAGCUAUUUACGCAGGCAGGUCCAAGACAGCCUCAACAGAGCUUCCUGCAGCCCAGAGAAAGCUGAGAGCUGCUGAAUUUGUGGUGAGCACCUAAGGGUUAUAACAAGACAACACAGGUGACCAGCAGCUGGGCUAGGGAAGGUAGAGCAGCGAUCUGCAUGCAUCAGUGGCUACAUUACAUAAAAGCAAAAAUGAAGAUGACACCAAGGACCAGACACUGCCCUCCCCCACUGAUGACUUGAAUCCACUUAAGCCCCCUAAGAAAUUGGGCACAAGUCCAGAAAAUGCAAGGCAGAUCUGAAUUGACUGAUAAUUAUAAUUCCACAGUUAGGCAAAAUAGGAGCUUAAGAGAAAAUUACUGUUUAAAAAUAAUUUGAAUCCAGGUCAAUUAGACAAGAAAAAAGGAGUAGAAGGCAUCCACAUUGAUAAGGAAGGAAGAAGUAAAACUGCCUGUAUUCUCAGAUGACAUAAUUUUGCAUAUAGAAAACCCUGAGGCAUACUUACAUACCAAAAACAAAAAACAAGAAAAAACCUACCAGAACUAAGAAACAAGUUUGCAGGAUACAGGAUCAAACAAAAAC